AUGCCCUGGAAAUUGCUCACCCCGGAGCUUAUCCCGAUCACCCGGAACCAGAUUGUGCUCCUUGCGUGCAUCUUCAUCGCCGCUCUAUGGAUACGGACACUUCGUCUCCAGGCGACAGCUAAGAUCCCUGGCCCUUGGCACUUGAAGUUCACAAGCCUAUUUGUCAAACAUCGUGAACUGUUCGGUCAGAAAAGAGAGUGGGUUCACAACCUACAUCUUCGAUAUGGACUCGUCGUUCAAGUCGCGUACAACGAGGUCUCUUUCACAAGCUACACAGCAGCAAAGCAAAUCUACAGCUCUGGAAAUAAGGAUUUUCCAAAAACGGAGCUAUACUCUCUGUUCCAGCAAGGCGGUCACAUAUCUGACAUCUACAGCAACCUGUUCACAGCCCUUGACUCAGACACCGUACCUAUGACACUCUCUUCCACAAAUAAGCUCUGUGCUCUAUGGCUAACCACUAUACGGCGCCAUCUCGCUGACCGGUACUCCAACUCAUCGGUUCUAGGACCCCAGAUCAUCGAGAUGAUAGACGAGCGGGCAGAAGCCUUUGGGGCGGUGCGUGCGGCAUCAGAUACGGCAGACAUCUACUUUUACUUACAUGCAUACGCUCUCGAUUGUGUGACCGGGAUGUUGUUUCAUCCUCACAGAACAAAUUCACUUGUCAACGCUGGUGACCAGCAGAUGGUCAAGUUGCUAUCCUAUGCCAAAACCCGAGAAGUAACCUUCUUGCACCAUUAUCUGCCCCUACUUUCACCACUCUGGGAGGCUCUGUUCCCGAAGCUGGUCGACCUGGAACAAGGAAGCAACUUUUUGCGAAAGUUUGUGCAAGACUCGUUGGAAACCGGAGACCACUCCGACUUUACCGUGGCACGAAAGCUUCUAGAAUCGAGCCAUGUAAGCAGGCCCCUGGCAGAAGCUGAAUGCCUCGACCACAUUGGCGCUGGGAUCGAGACUACAGGUGACACCUUGUGUUGGCUCAUUUGGGAACUCUCUCAGCCUAGACACGAGGGAAGAGUCCAAAAACUUCACAACGAGCUUGUCGAAGCAGGGAAUGAUCGGCACCUUCACGAUCUGCCCUAUCUUAACGCUGUCGUUCAUGAGGGCUUGCGUUUAUUUGCCCCAGGAACGAUGUUGCUUCCACGUUACGCGUCAAAACAAGGCGCCUUCAUUGAUGGAUUUUUCAUCCCCGAGAAUACGAUCGUGGCGUGUAACUCGUUUAGCAUGCAUCGCCUGGAUGAGAGUACGUUCCCGGACGCAUGUCAAUUCGUCCCUGAGAGAUGUCUUGCUAUGGCUGAGAUGAGAGCUUGCUUGAAUGCAGUCUACUCCAAGUAUCGUACGAGACCCUCCCCGGAUAUGCGGUCGAGUAUGGAGAUGGACGAUCAAGUUCUGACAUCCCGUCCUCGAGAUUUGUGUUGCAAGACACAGUUUGUACCUUGGGGACUAGGUGUGUGA